GUGAAACAGGACAAAGGAGAAGUGGAUUUUCUCUUCUGUCUCUCCUCUCUUCUCUCACUUUAACACUCAUCGUGCUUUGGGCCUCUGAGAUUAUCUUGUCCACUUCAUCUCCAUCCACCCCUUCAGCUUUUAAAACCCCUGGCUUUGCCCUUGUCCCUUCUUGUCUCUUUCUGUCCCUCACUGUGGAACUAAAUCUUCAACCUGACACCCCUGGAGUCCUUGCAGAUGUCCGCAGCCUGGCGCUGAAGCGGGCGCUUGCCAGCAGCCCAGAUGCAUUUACGACUCUUUGCCAUUGUGAUGUCCUUGCUAUGUGAAGUGAUCAGGAUGGGAUCUGGUGUCAUGCAGAAGCAAAGUGCUCACAGAGAGACAUCAGAGGACUGUCGGAGCUGUCUGGAGUGUUCCCGCGACAACGGCUGUGUGCGUUGCCCCGAGCGACUCUUCCUGUUCCUGCAGAGGGAGGGAAUGUCUCACCAUGGAACGUGUCUCCACGCCUGCCCCUCUGGACACUACGGACAGAGAGGAAAGGACAUCAACCGCUGCAUGAAGUGCCGCUCUUCGGACUGCGAGCAGUGUUUCAGCCGGGACUUCUGCACCAAGUGUAAGCCUGGCCUCCACCUGUACAAAGGCAAGUGCAUGACCAGCUGCCCAGAGGGAACGUUCGCCCACCAAACAGACUGCCUAGAAGACUGUGUCUCGUCUCAACUGGGCGAGUGGAGCGAGUGGAGCGUGUGUCUCCGCGAUGGCGCCACCUGUGGCUUCAGGUGGGGCAAGCAGACCAGGACCCGGGGGGGCAGAACGCCUGAGGAGAAGGCAGCAUCGGUUUGCCCGUCCCACAGUGAGACGCAGAGGUGCAGAAUGAAGAAAAAGUGUCCCACAGAAAGAAGACAGAAUAAAAAAGCAGGACUUGGAAGGAGGAGAGAGGGAAAGCGGCCUCGGCUGCUGCUCGCCAGCGACAACGCUGGCAUCUCGCCGAACGGAUCAACAGACGCCACCACAGAGCACGGAGGCCCCUGAGGACGAGACGGACGCGCCCUGAGACAAACGGCUCACCACAGCACCUGACACAUGUUGGAAUAUGAGUCAGCUGAUUUCAGCUUUAUGAUCAAAUCACUGUUUGUUUACUGGAAACGAAGAUUUUAUGACUGAGAAAUUCUUACAUGGUAAUGAAUGUGACCUAUGAGUCAAAGUCCACCUAAGAACUGCUGCAGCUCGGUGGCUGCCAGUAAACAACUGUCCCCUCGUGGACGAGUCCAGCAUUUAUUUAUCUGGACUCAUUUCUGCACUGUCAGCACAGAGAGGACAAUUUUAAUAAAUCUGCAAAUUGUCUCCUUUGACUGAGAAUUCCAAACUUCAGAAAAGACCCAGAGAAAAAAAAGAAAAGUUAAAUUUGUGGAUUCACAUUUUAGAGCGAGAUCACAAACAGGUUGCCAACAGAUUCUCCAGUGAAGUGAAACCAUUUCAGAAACUCUCUGAUCUGAUCUGAGAUUCUCACAACAACAGCAGCCUUUAUCUGAAUCUCUAUCGAUCAGUGAUCAGUUACCUGCUGUUUCCUGUGAAGCCUCCGUAGAAAAGUGAACUCUGAAAAAAAGAAAAGGGAAAAGAAAAUGAUCACCGUGUUAUCAGUGACUCCAAAUACAGAGGAGACAAAGCCACUGAUUUAUAAAAAAAAAGUCAUCUCAUUAGGUUUGGGCCAGUUUUCCGAGCUGCACAGACAGAAAUGUUGCCUGUUGUGUUUCAGAAAAAAAAAAAAGGAGGAAAUCCCACACAGUCCAACAUGUUACCACAGAGCUCAGCUUCACCUUGCCUUUAAAUCAAAUGUACAAACUUAGUGGAUAUGAAAGUGCUGUGUGUGAGUUAUUCAGUUGUAUUCAGUACAUUGCCCGCCUUAGCACCUGCUUGUCUUAUCUGAUGUUGCACAACUAAAGCUAAAGAGCAGCAUGACUGAAGAUGUGGGUGUUCCUCCUGGUUCUCUCCUGGUUCUCUCCUGUUCACCGACCAGCUUCUGUCACGUGUAUAUUUAUCAGUAUUGCUACGACGAAAUGGGAUUUUAUUCCACCACGUGAAUGUAUGUUUCAGUAGAUGUAUAUAUUGAUGCUGCUGCCGCGGUAUACACUUUGUUUACAUAUUUUUACUGAACGCUAAGCUAUAACUGUUUGCAGACUCGUGGAGUUCAGUGCCGAAGUGUCAGCUCUGGCCUCCUUUAAAAACGCCUGAAUUCCUGUCUUUGUGGUUUUGACUGCAGAGAAGUCCUUCAGCAGCACAACAGUAAAAUAUUUC